AUGACGAAGCCGGUCUUUUUGUUCUUCCCCGGAGCCUGGCAUUCAACCGACUUUUUCGACAAGGUCGUUGGCAGACUUGAGCAUCUGGGCUAUCAAUGUGUUGCAAUUCAGUUACCAAGCGUAGGGAGAGUGCCGCCGAUAACAGAUCUCGAUGAGGAUAUCGCGGUGAUAAGAAGCGCAGUCUUGAAAGAGCUAGACGCUGGAAGGAACGUCGUUACAAAUGCUCAUAGCUAUGCUGGUAUCCCCGUAUCCAGCGCUCUCCAUGGUUUGGGAACCAUUGCGAGGCAGCGUGCUGGCUUGCUUGGAGGAGUUGUCAAGUUGACCUAUAUAACCUCGUUCAUCACCUCCGAGGGUACAAGUCUCCUUGAUAUCAUAGGCGGUCUGCCGAACGAGUGGGUUGACGGAAAUGUCAGCUUCCAGGCAGAUUUGGUCGACAGAUUGUACCAUGAUGUCCCACGACAAGAGGCAGAGGAGAUGAUUGCCGCACUUCAGCCACAUGCACUGGGGGCUUUACAAGGAAAGAUGAAAUCGCCCGCAGCUUGGAGAGAGAUUCCCGUUGCUUAUAUGGUCUGCGAGGAGGAUAGAGCGUUGCCAGCUGGUGCGCAAGACGCAAUGAUACAGGGCGUGAAAGCAGCAGGAGCAGAUGUGGUGAUUGAGCGGGUCGCUGCUUCUCACAGCCCGUAUCUUUCACAGCCUGACACGGUUGUCAAGUUUCUUUUGAGAGCAGCAGGAGAAGUGGUGGAUCAGUAG